GUUUUUAUCAGAGAAUCGGUUCGUUUGGAGAGGGAAAUAAAACUUAAAGACACCGCCACAACACCUUGCGUCUACGGGAAAAUCACGGGUCCGAUGCUGGCACAGAACAUCUGGCUGAAACUUUGCACUUUUUCAUGACAACAUCUGCUUCGUCAAGUCAUCACUGACAGGAAAGGCGCCACUGUUUUCACAGGCCGGUUGAAUAAUCCAAGGACUACACGAAAGAGAUCAAAGAAAUGCGACGCAAAUUAUCGGCAGUUUACCAAAAAGGGCGAAGCUAAAUGGAUGAAAAAGAAAACCGUCGACUGAUGGAUGAGUAAACAGAAUGGAAAAAUAACAGAUUCCAUGUUGUCCUUACCUGUGACUCUCUCCCAACAAAUCUUAGCGUUUCCUGUGAAAAUGCAUCAAAGCAGGAGGGCAACACACUCGUGAAGAUGAAUCCAUAUGUCACGUCUCACUUCAGGAGGGACCUCUUUCCUCAUUUUCACUUGUUGUAGACUUUCUUUUCAUCUACACUGCUGUUACUGCUUCAGUGACAGUGACAUGGGUUACCCUGUUAUUGUAAACCUAAAACAGUAGCUAUUGUCCGUUGUUUUGUUGUUACCUUUAUAUUUGUUUUAGUGUUGGGGGUAAGGGUCGGGGUUUGAUUCUGUCCACUCUUCCUAAAGAGCCGGGUCCCACAGGCUCUCAUUAGGCUACUUGUCAGGUUUCUGUAGAGAUGUCUAGAAAUGGUUACAGAAGGUAAAUACUAACAGAGCAAGCAUCCAUUUUAUUUUCACACUGGAAUAUAUUUGCACAUGGGCCUUGUGCUUUAUUUUGACUGCCUCUGUAUCUGUUUCAAACAAUUAUUUCGAUAUAUCAAGGAAUUUUGCAUGCAUUUGUUUGUUUUGUUUUUUGGAAAUUAUUUUUGCCUCCUUUUCAGUUUCUCUUGCAUGCUCUUAUUUGCACAUUGCACCAACAUAUGAUUAUCUGCUCUCUUGUUUUGGGCAAGUUUCUCUGAUAGUCUCAGGUAGUUUUAUGGUUCUUUUUGAAGUAGCUGUGAAGCAGGGAUGCAGAGGAAGAGACUAGGUCCCACAAAGUGAGUUAUUGUUUUAACCAAGUAAUGUCUCAGCUCUUUUCCUUCCUGGACGAGACAUGAUCUCUGAACUUUGAUUGCUGACCUACAGAGAAACAUAGAAGACAUCUUCAGGUGACUUGUGCACUUAUCAGUCCCUCUAUUGUGAUUAUUAUUUAACUUAAUGUCCACUUGUUAACAAAGUUUUCAUACUAAAUUUGAUCUGUAAGUAAUGCCAGAGGUCAAGCUCAGUAAUUUAUUUCUCUGCAACAUUGUUCUGUUUCACUCCCUCCUCCUUUGUUUUCCUUCCCUCCUCUGGUGAUUUGUUAGACAAAGGAGGUUUCUCAGCUGCAGCUGUACUGAAGGAUGAGUCUGCUGUGCAUGAAGGGAUAUAUAAAUGUUUCACAAAGGUAAUCCACAGCUAAGUUUCAUCAGAGAUUGACCGUUACAGUUGAUUGCUCACAGUAGCAUAGCUGAAGCUGAUAUAAUCCACACAACAGUGAGUUUAAGAAACACGUUUUCACCAAAUUGACAAUGAUCAUCAGACAAAUAUGUAGAUCCUUAGGAAUAGAAUGCCCAAUUUUAAAAGCAGUGACCUGAGGGAACAGGAAUUUAGGUUGGAGUCCUCUUAUUUGUGAAAGGUGACAUUCUGUGACUUGUGAAGUAACCAAUAUAAGACAGCUAAGUACAUUGAGACAGGGACAUAUUAUAUUAUUAUAUUAUCCACAACUUGGCCCAUUAAGCAUUGGAACCUACAUUCAAUGUUUUCUUCCCAAGAAAAAAGAAGUAUGUAUGUAUGUAUAAAUGAUGUCAACAUAUCUGUGAUGUAUUAAAGCCAAUAUAUUGUUUGUAUCUCCUUAUGGCCAUACCAAGAGGGGUUCUAAAGUUGUGAAAAGCUUGGAUCGUAAGAAACAGCACGUUCUUUUGCUUGUUCUAGACUGCAUGGUAGAAAUAGCUGGAUUAUAUUUUCACUGAAGCUUACCCUGAAAGAGUUUUCAAACUGCUUUCUGUCUGUAUAUCUUGUGUGUAUCUUGUUUUAGUGUAAUACGGUGUAUCCUGUAAUCGGUCCUGUAUCCUCACAGCUGUCACCUUUAGCCCUCCUCUGUUGUGCUGUCACUUCAUAGUGUCAUUUCAUGUGAUGUUGCCUGCUGAGGGUUUCCCUGUAAUUGUUAAAAACCUAAUGGAACCUGUCCCGCAUGUUCUUGUGCUGUCUGUUGAGGUCAGUCCAACUCUACUCAUCUGUGUCAAACCUACAAUGCUUGCAAAUGUUGUUUGACAUCCCUCUUCAGCCCAGCACAGUUUGCUUACUUCAGUUAGGACAUUGGUUAUUAAUGAGUACACCUGUGGACCAUCUUCAAGAACCCCUCCUUUGUUGGUUACUGAAAGACUGUCCUCAAAAACGACUUCACCUCAAGUGUGUUAAAAGACACAAGUGAGUGACCAGUGAUCAUGGAUGGAAUUACCCUCUGGAUACCAUUGGCCAUCAUGGAUUUGCCAUUAUCUCCCCAUAUGAGUAAUGCUUUCCUACCAUAAACAGUGAAAGAUUGAUUGUUUGACUGCAUCAGCACCACACAUUAACUUAAUUUACUUUGUAUCAAGACAGAGCAUACCUUUGAUUCCAGGGUGGAGCCAAGAUCAGUCAUAACAGUAAUAUCAAAUCAAGACACCUUGGAAAACACUAAAUAACUGCAUUUUCCAUAAGACUGAGGAGAAUAAACUGCGCAUGAUGGGAGCAGCACGUGUAAAGCGCCGCUUCAGUGCUGUGGUGGAUGGGCCGGUGGAGGAGGAGGAGGUCAUGAGGCUGGCACAGAGUGCUGCAGAUACAGCAAGGGCAGGGGGGAGCCCAACGGGGUCAGGAACCCCUACCAGCCCCUCCCCGACCCAUGCUAGCAACGGCAAAGCUCUACCUCUGCAGGACAACACCAACAAUGCAAGGAGGCAUAGUGCCAUGGGAGAGGCAGUCGGAGGUGGAGGAGGAGAAGGCGGGAUGAGAGGAGGAGGAAUGUGCUCAGGGCUAAGGAGUGGGAGAGGUGGUAGUGUAGGGGGAAGAGGGCAAGGCCGUUUGUCCUCAGACCAAGAUUCACUCUCUUCCCCGUCCACUACCAGCCGCCGCCCCACCCGCCGCUCAAGCCGCCGGCCCCGACAACGCUUUGUGGGCAAGGACGGGCGCUGCAACGUCACCUUCGUCAACAUGAGCGAGAGGGGCCAGCGGUACCUCAGCGACCUCUUCACCACCUGUGUGGACAUCCGCUGGCGAUGGAUGCUGGUCAUCUUCACCCUCUCCUUCCUUCUCUCCUGGUUGCUCUUUGGGUUUGCCUUCUGGCUAAUUGCCUCCGCGCAUGGGGACCUCUCCAUUCGGCUCGCCCCCAGUUCAAAUGCCUCUCCAGAGACAGGAGAGGCUGGGGCUGGAGGAGAGUCUGAUAGAGAGGCUGUGGUUGAGGAGCCGUGUUUCCUCCAGGUGAACAGCUUCAUGGCGGCCUUUCUAUUCUCCUUGGAGACGCAGACAUCCAUCGGUUAUGGAUUCCGCAGCGUAACCGAAGAAUGCCCCCUGGCGGUGCUGGCGGUCGUUUUGCAGUGCAUCGUGGGCUGCAUCAUUGACGCCUUCAUCAUUGGGGCGGUCAUGGCGAAGAUUGCCAAGCCCAAGAAGCGCAACGAGACACUGUUGUUCUCUGACACAGCUGUGGUGGCGCUGAGGGAUGGGAAGCUCUGUAUGAUGUGGAGAGUUGGAAACCUACGCAAGAGUCACCUGGUAGAGGCACAUGUCCGAGCACAACUGCUGAAGCCAAGGGUUACACCGGAGGGAGAGUUUCUGCCCCUGGACAACGUGGACAUAAAUGUGGGUUUUGACACUGGCACAGACCGUAUCUUCUUAGUCUCGCCAGUGACAAUUGUCCAUGAGAUCGAUGAUGAGUCACCCUUCUUUGAAAUGGAUCGCAAGUCACUGGAGGAGGACUCUGAGCUGGAGGUGGUGGUCAUCCUGGAAGGUAUGGUAGAGGCCACCGCCAUGACCACGCAAUGCCGUAGCUCCUACCUGGCUUCUGAGAUCCUCUGGGGACACCGCUUCGAACCAGUGCUCUAUGAAAGGAAAGAAUGCUACCAGGUGGACUACUCAUUCUUCCAUCGAACAUAUGAGAUCCCCAGCACACCUUCAUGCAGCGCUAAAGAGCUGGCUGAGCUGAAGUACAUCCAAAGCUCACGCUCAUCAUUCUGCUAUGAGAACGAAGUGGCUCUGCAGCUCGUCUCCACUGAUGAUGACCCUGAUCACGACCCCCACUGCUCCCCACCCCCAACGCAACGGGCCUCACACUCAGAGCAUCCCCACAACAACUGACCACAUAGGAGAUGGGGCCUCAGGGGAGAAAAGACAAGAAGUGGACCCAGAAGUUCACAAGAAGCAAGGGUACAAAGAGAAGGUUAGACAGGUAGACUUGGGCAGAUUUGAAGAGACAGGCUUAAGCAAAGAAUGAGCAAAGAAUUUAUAUGGUCAUGAAUGAUGACUAUCUCAGGAAUAGAGAUACAUAGGAUAGGAUAGAGUGACAUUGUUCAUGGUGGUAACAGACAGAGAUGAAAGUCCAGAGGAGGAGUAGGGUAAGAUGUCCACAAGGACUUUCUUUUAACAGGUUGGACAAGAGAAUGAAUGUUUAGAUUAUUAAUCAGUGAAGGGUCUAGAUAGAUAGUUACAUAUGGACAGGAAACAGAUAGUCAAAAAGUGGGGGAUGUUUGGGGUCAGUCUAAUGGGGAGAUGGGUUACUACACUGACCUAGUUGGCUUAUUGGACCUGGCAAUCUUUCAGAAUCAUUAAAAACGUGUCUGCUGAGUCUCAGAUCCAGCCCAUCACUACCACAACAGGUUCAUCUGGCUCUUACUGCCUGCAUGGGAGGAUAUACAACAGCGCCCCAACAUGGUUGUAAUAUGCAACUGCACUCUGUGCUGAAUGACUCCUGAGAGGUGUUGACAUCUGUUAAGGGUGAUUUCUGUAUAAAAUUCAUGGUAAUGUACCUACUGAGGUGCUGCCAAGAAUUGAAUUCCAGUGUGGUUGCUCUCAUGUUAUUUUGUCACUUGAAUGUUUAUAUUUGUAACGGUAAGUAAGGAUAGUGCACUGUUUGUGAGUUUGGGGGCUGUUGAGUCUUCUACUAAGUGAUAGGCUACUUCUUAGAGCCAGUGCAUAACAAAAAUCAACAAGGGGAAACAGCUGAAAAUGAGCAGCGGUUUUAAGCUGUUUUCUUUACAUAUAAUGUACUGUAUGUUGUUUUUCUAUGCGUAUUGCAAAAAAUAUUUGACAAUUGACCAUUUUGUUUUAUUUAAUCUACCAUUUUGUGUUCAGCUGAGUGCCAUGUGGGCACUUGUAAGCUUGUAGUUAAUCAUUUUCAAACCACAGCAGUGAUAUGAGGACUGUGCUGAUGAUGUAGGAUAUGGUAAGUUACUGUAUGUCCUGAUCGGUCAAUCACUUGACCACAUUUAUUACACUUAUAUCUUUUCUGCAUGUUUUUAUUGUGAAAUCAACAAAAAUGUAUUGUGUUACUUUGUUAUUUUGGGGAUUUUAGUAGUUAGCUAUCGAGGUAUGUCAUUAUAAUCUUGAAAGUGUCUUGGCUCUUGGCUGACCAUUUGAGGUUGGGUACUGAAUCCAACAUAAGUUAUACUCAGAGGGAACGUCAAUGCACUGAAGGCCUGCAGUCACCUCAAACAUCAGCUGAACUGUAAAAAUAAAUAAAUAAAUAAUGUUCUAGUCGCUGAUUUGUACCACUCUGAGACUUAAGAGGUGUCUGAAAUCUGCACAGGUGACAGAGGAUUGAACUGGAAACACUGCAACAUUAUGUUCUUUGGGGAGUAGUUCAUAUGUAGUCACAAAACAAAGUGACAACCUACUUUAACUCUAAUCUUAUGUUUAAUUUGGUUUCUCUCCCAAAAUGUGAGCACAAAAUAGCGGGUGGUGCCUUCAAAAGAAUGGAGCUAUUGUAGCUAGCCCUUCCUCUGCAACAGCAUAGUCUAAUUUAUGUUUGAGAUCUGUUUAAAACUUAUUUUUUAUUGCGUUGCUUUAUUUUGAAUCUUGUAAUUCUAGCAGCAGUAUUUUUUUUCAGACACCUGAACAAUUCAUUGCACUAAGUAGACAAAUGUUCCCAUGCAAAGUAGCUACUGUGAAUCUGCUCUAUUAAUGGGUAGUCUCUAUGUUAUGAUGCACUGACACCAUAAACCAUGUUUUCACCUGGAUUAUGCUGUAGUUGCACUUUUAGUUAUAAUACAUUGCAUCUGUUAAAUCAAUGUGUAUUUUACUUUCAUUUUGUUUAAGGUUCUGUAUUCAUUUACAGAGUUAUGAUGACUGAAUAUUUGAGUAAAGUAUUGUGGUUAGUAAAGAAGUGAAUGACAGAGACAGUUAACUUGGUGUCAGAAGUGCAACUUGAUAAAAAAAAAAAAAAAAAAAAAAACUGUUGACCAAUAAUCAGCCCAUCUGCUGCACAACCUGGGAACUCAUGCUUUUUUUCUACACUUAAGUAAUAUCUGGCUCUUGGAGACAAAUAUCACUGAUUAAGCUCUGCAACAGCACUGAAAUUUUGCUACUGGAUCAGUACAGGUUACCUCACACGCAGAAGUAGCAAUGUCUCUCUUGAGUUUAUAAAAAGAUAAUCCAUGUUGACCUCAGGGGGAGGGCCUAUGGUAUUGAUAAGGUAUUAUCUGUUUCAACUAGUAAUGACAUUCUAUGUUUGUGUUUUCCCCUUACAACUCUCCUGUAUGACCACUGCUUUCUAUUUAUAGGCUGCACACUGGUCAUUUCUCCCUUCCUGCCUCCACUUCCAUGGAAUGUAACUUGAACUUAGUGCACCAUCACUUCAGCCACUGCGAUUGUGCUUUUUCAACACCCCACAAAGAAAUAGGAAGAUGGACUACUUGUUUUUUUCCCCCUGGUUGCUUAGGUUGCAUUACACACACUGUAUGUCCACACUUCUCUGGCAUUGUCAAAUAUAUAGCCUACUGCACAAACUGGUAAACUGUAGUAAGAUGCAACCAGUUGGUCUAAAAGCUGUAGCUUCCUUUAAUCUCUCAUUUUUUUUCUACAGAAAAUGUAAAAUCCUUUCUCUGUCGUAACACUGGAAUGUAAUUUUCAGAGCUGCUUGUGGCACAGACUGCUUCUCAGUGAAGCUGAAUCAAGCUGUAGAACAAAUAAAACAGAGACUGAAAUUA